AUGCGGUCUGCGGCCAUCACUGUUGCCCUUCUGGCUAGUUCUCUACUGGCCGUGGCUGCCCCAACCUCUCCACCUGGAGGAAAGACAACGGGAUGGUCCUGUCCCAAUGGCUGGAGUGUAAUGGGACCUCCUGCAGGGUUGGAGGUAUCAACUAUCACUGUGCUACUGGUUCAUGCACUGCUCAAAGCGGAGCAGGGGAUGGUGCCAUUUGCGGUGGAGAUUCCCUUCUCGGCCCCUCCUAUAAUUGCCCUGGCAGAUGAAUAG